AGCUUCUCCUCCAGCAGGCUCCACUUCACCAUGAUUCAUGUGUCUGCGUGAGGUUCACCUGGUGGAGGCUGCCAUGGAUGUGCACCCACACCUCCCACUCCCACUCACAGGAAUAUUCUGGUUUGGACAAAUGCAGCUCUGAAGAGAAGCAGGAUUGCAAUGAGGCAGCAGGUGUGGGUGAGAUCUGACGAGGCGCGUGGGACUGUGGCGUGACCGAACCAGAGCCAGAGAUGAGGACCAUCCUUCCUGUGUGCGGAGGCAGCGAUGGAGGGGAAGCCCGCAGCCUCCGCAGCCGAGUGGGCAGGAUGAAGAAGCUGCUGAUGCUCAGACCGAGUCCCUGCGUGGGCAUCCACAUGGACACAGAGCCCGGGGUGUGGCUCAGGAGCUUCCAGUUACUGGACACCGAUGGACAGGUUGAGGACCCGGUGCAGGAGUGGGGCGAGGAGGAGGAAGACGGAGCUGUGUUUGGCAUCACGCUGCGCAGGGAGCCCGUCCUGCCCAGCUCGGACACGACGGAGCUCCCGACAGCUUUGGGCUUCGUCCAGUACCACACAGUGAAGGUGCGCAGGCUGAAGGCCGCCACGCUGGAACGUCUGGUCACCCACCUGCUGGACGGCGAACACCGCGAGCUCGACUUCAUGCCGGUGUUCCUGUCCACCUACAGGGCCUUCACCUCCACCAGCACACUCAUUGAGCUGCUGUUUCAGAGAGAAGACUCAAUCACCAACCUGGAUAACACCGUCUGCCCUCGCAGUACUUUAGUCCCAGUGAUCCGGCUGUGGUUGGAGGAACACAGUGAAGACUUCCAUGAACCUCCUCAGUAUCGGGCCCUCCGGCUGCUGUGUGUCCACCUCCACCGGCGCCUCUGCUUCAGACGUUUAGCUCAGAACGCAGAGAUCCUGCUCAAGAAGCUCCAGGAACAAAAUCGCAUCCAGCCUGCGUCAGAGGACGACAAUGAAUCAUCGGAGCAGGAGAUCAGAGAUCAGCACGAUGGAGGAGAGUGGGCCACUCAGGAGGAAAACAAAUUCGACUUUAUGGACUCUCCUGUGAGAGACGUGGCAGAGCAGCUGACAAGACUGGACGCUGAGUUGUUUGUCAAAGUGGUGCCCUUCCACUGUCUGGGCUGCGUCUGGUCGCAGCGUGACAAGAAGGAAAACCGCAACCUGGCACCAACAGUGCGUGCCACCAUCUCGCAGUUUAACGCCAUCACCAACCGUGUCAUCACCUCGCUGCUCUGCCUGUCCUCAUCCAGCCCUUCCACUUCCUCCCCUAUCUCAUCGCCCUGCUCGUCCUCUGCCUUCCUGUACCCGUCCACCGCCCUGAGCUCCCCCCGCUGCCCUCGCACCAGCCCCGCCUUGAGAGCACGCAUCAUCGAGAGGUGGAUCGCCAUCGCACAGGAUUGCAGACAGCUGAAGAACUUCUCCUCUUUAAGAGCGAUUCUUUCAGCCCUGCAGUCCAAUGCCGUGUAUCGCCUCAAGAAGACCUGGGCAGCUGUCAGCAGGGAAAGCAUGGCAACCUUUGACCACCUGUGUGAGACUUUCCCCGAUGAGAACUGUGUGCUGACCAGCAGAGAGAUCCUGGUGGAGGAUGGGAGUCACCCAGACAGCAGCGCUACCUCGGACUCCAAAUCCCCCAAACUCUGCUCUGAGUCCAGACAGACGAGCCUCAGCAGUGGCAUCGUACCGUACCUGGGCACGUACCUGACAGUCCUCACCAUGUUGGAUACAGCUCUGACCGACACUGUAGAGGGUGGACUCAUCAACUUUGAGAAACGCAGGCGGGAGUUUGAGAUCCUCUCUCAGAUUCGGCAGCUUCAGGCCUCCUGUUCUCACUACAACCUUCCAGUGAACCCUCACAUCACCUCCUGGCUGCAGGCCCACACUCUGCUCACAGACCAGGAGAGCUAUGAACUGUCUCGUGAGCUGGAGCCUCCAGUCGACCCAUGUCCCGCCUCCCCCAACUCAUGGAGCAGCCGCCUGCUCACCAAGAAGCUCGCCUCGUUGCGAACGGGCAGCGACAGCUGCCUCAGGAAGACUCAUGCUGACCAGAUCAGUGUGUCAUCUUCUGGCUCCAGCAGUUCAGACAUGGAGGAUCUCACUGUCCCUCAGCCUUCACCGCUCAGACUCAAACUCAAGUCUCUCUCGGGCUCCCUUCACAACGUGACAGAAGAUUUCUCCUCCAUGUCCUCCAGCUCGUCCUGCAGCUCCUCACAUCCAGACCUGAGCUCCUCCUCUCUGGUUCUGAGUCCAGAGUCUUCGUCCAGCUGCUCUCCUCAGGCUGUGCUGCCCGUUUACAACAAGCAGGUCGCUGACUCCUGUAUCGUCAGGGUCAGUGUGGAGUCUGUCAGCAACGGAAACGUCUACAAGAGCAUUCUGCUGACCAGUCAGGACCACACGCCUCGGGUGAUUCAAAGAGCUCUUGAAAAGCACAACAUGGAGGACGUCAGCUCUAAUGACUUCCGCCUCUGCCAGAUGCUCAACAACGGAAAAGAGCUCCAGAUACCUGACAAAGCCAACGUAUUUUACGCCAUGUGCACCACGGCCAACUAUGACUUUGUCCUGCGCCAGCGCUGGAAGAGCCACGGGAGACAUCUUGGCUCUUCUUCCAGCCCUGGAGCUCAGCCCAAGAGCCGCCACGCCAAGUGAAGAGCAUCUGUCCCGGUUAAACGAUAAGAGCACAGCUGGAAGGCGGAGGAGCUGCACAUCUGCAACAGCAGCACAUCUGUGGCCGUUAUUGUCACAGUGCAGCAGAUAAGAGCAGCUUCGCCACAGAGACGCCAAGACUUUGACUGAAACGUAACCUGGAGGAGCUUUUGACAAGAUGUAGUUCAUCAGAAGCAGCACUGCAGCGUGUUGGAACAUUUUAGGGAGAUGUAAACGGAUAAAGAAGAAAGAAUCUGAGUCACAGAUUGUUGUUCACCCAGGAACUUCUCUCCUGAGAUAAAUAACCGUAGUGCACCAAUAAUUCCAGUAAAUGUCUGUUUUUGCACACCAGGAUCAGCUGGACUGACAAUAUUCCUGCAUCGUAACAGUAGAAAAUGUAGAAAUCGGUUUCUUGUCUGCGACUGGUGCAGCAGAUUUGGCACUUUUCUUUCAACCUGUUUGGCUGAAUGACUAACAGGAGGCACUGACACUCUCGAACACACAAAAAGAAGCAAAGCCUGAAAGGACGAGUGACAACGGGACGUUUGCUGCUAGUUGAAGAGCAAGCAAACAGAUCUGGGUUGAAUGUGGAAUCUGCACUUGGAGAAUGGUGAAACUCCUCCAAAUCAAAUGUGUGAAAAACACAGUUUGGACUUCAGGCCUGAUGUGUUUUCUUGAGAGUCGUUAAGUAUUCAGCCGUCUUCUAGUUUAAAUAUUUUAUUGUGAGUUAAUAUAAUUUUAUCAACAUAAAUUAUUUAAUGCAUUUCAGUAUUCCUGCUUUUAGAGCAAAGGUGGCCUGAUAAAAAUGUGUUUCUGUGUCUGUUUCUGGUCCACCGCCGUCCCCUCCAGUCUUCAACGAUAUGCUGUUUUCUUUCACAGAUCUUAACUUCCUUUGGUUUUUGGAAGCUCAGCUCAAGUUUGUAUCGGUGUGAAUGAAGAAAGCAGAUUUUUACUGUCUGCUGUGGUCAAAUGAAGGAAAAUUUAUGUGAGAAUAUGCAGUUGCUUUGUCCAAAUUGAGGCAUUUUUGUCAGGGGUUUAAUUUUACAGCUGACAUGAGAGAUUAAUGUGAAUUACAGGCAGUUAAAGAACAUUAGGCCUUCGAUAAAGAGAAGGAAAUCCAGUAGCUCCUCUGCCUGUGUCGCUGUGAAUGAGAUGCAUCUGAAGAAGGGUUCCUGUAUGUGAAGAUUACGUGUCCCUGCAUGCGAAUCAAGUUUGACACAUGAUGUGAGGUCCUCCCCAGGAAUACCAGGCAGCUUUUCACAAGUACUUGGUGUGAACAUCUCUUCAAUCAGCAUGUGAUAAGAUAAAUUCACAUCCCUGCUUAAAAUUGACUCAAAAAUCAUAGGCACUCUGGUGAAGUCUUCUACAGGAUUUUACAUCACUGGCUUUGCAGCUGUUGCAGUUGAAUAAAAGUCAAGUUGAAGGAGGUUUGGCAGCUGCAGCAAAUGAAGGAAAAGUCUCAGCUGCUGUGUCCGUCCGUGUGUCACAUUAGCAGGUGUUCAACAUGUUUCUGAAAUUCCAUGUUGCUGCACAAACAUAUUUUUGUUCUUUUUUUUUUUAACAAGACUCUUCAUUUUUAAAGUUUAAUGUAAGCACUUAUUGUAUAUAAUUGGCAUCAAAUGCCCACUAAUAAAGUAAAUCCGCUAUUUA